AUGAGGCCCGACGCACGUCUGGAUUCGGUGGUUUUCCAGCUCACCCCCACCCGGACCAGGUUCGAUUUGGUUCUGAUAGCCAAUGGCCGGAAGGAGAAGUUUGCAUCUGGUUUGUUGAAACCGUUCCUGGCUCACCUGAAGGCCGCCCAGGAUCAGAUUGCCAAGGGAGGGUACUCGAUCACACUUGAACCAAGCUCAGGGUUCGAUGUGCCAUGGUUUACGAGAGGCACCAUGGAGAGAUUUGUGCGUUUCGUGAGUACUCCGGAGGUCCUUGAGCGAGUCACAACACUAGAGUCUGAGAUCCUGCAGCUCGAGGAUGCCAUUGCUAUCCAGAGCAACGACAGUCUUGGAUUAAAAUCUGUCGAAGACCAUGGAAGAAAGUUGACUGAAAGCAAUGAAGGUGGACGGGCAAAUUAUGAUCCUGAUUCAGCCACGGCAAUUGUUGUCUACAAGCCUGGGUCAAAUUCAAUGCCACCAAUGCAGAAUGAAACAACAGCACAUGAAGAGAAUUCAAAAGUUCAAUUGCUCAGAGUGCUUGAAACCCGCAAAACUGUGUUAAGAAAAGAGCAGGCUAUGGCUUUCGCUCGUGCUGUGGCUGCUGGGUUUGACAUUGACAACUUGGGUUACUUGAUUGCGUUUGCAGAGCGCUUUGGUGCUGCACGUCUGAUGAAGGCAUGUUCACAUUUCAUCGAGCUGUGGAAGCAGAAGCAUGAAACUGGACAAUGGAUUGAAGUUGAACCUGAAGCAAUGUCUACACGCUCUGAAUUUCCUCCAUUUAACGCAUCUGGCAUUGUGUUCAUGGGAGACAACAUGAAACCAAACCUGGAAUCAGGGUCUAUUAAUGGAGAGGCAAAUGGCGAGGAUGGAGCUAAAGCUGAUCAGAAGUCAAGCCAGCAGAUGGGAUCUCAUGCUACAUAUCCUCCAUGGGCAAUGCAUCCAUCUGGUGCAGUUGUUUACCCACCUUAUCCUAUGCAAGGCAUGCCUUUCUAUCCUGGGGUGAAUCCAUACUACCCUCCAUAUCCUCCAGUGGAUGAUCCCAGGUACCACUACUCAGGAAGGAAAUCUUCGAGGAAGCACUCCUCGGAUAGUAAGGACUCAGAAACUCUUGAUGUUGAAAGUGACCAUAGCAGUUCAGAUAGAGGAAGUUCUCAUGGUCGCAAGUCACAUAGAAAGGGGAAGAGGUCUGGAAAGAAGAAGCCUAGUGUAGUUGUUAUCAAGAAUGUGAAUGUAACAUCUAAAAAGCAUGGCUCAUCAGAGAGUGAAUCACAAUCAAGUUCUGAAGUUGAGUCUGCGGACAGUGACAAUUCACACUCCAAAUCAAGAGAGAGAAAGCAUAAAAGCACAAGUUCAAAGAAAAGGAGGGUAGGAGAACUACUUUUGACUCGGGAGAUGAGUAUAGCAAGGAUGAAACGUCAAAUGGCCACGAUGCUGAACAAGAAAGAACCCCCAUCAAGGAGAAAACAGAAUGUAAACACAGCAGAUCCUAUUCUUUUAGCUGACAGAGAUGGUGGCAAUGUCUAUGAGCGGAACAAAGUAGGCUUUGAUUCAGCCAAUGGGAGGACUAGAGCUAUCCGGGUCAUGUCCAAUGAUGAACUUAUUAUGUCUGGAGAAGGGAGAAGCUAUAUGGAUGGUGAAAUAAAGGAGAUUGAAGCGGGUGGAGGAAGGUACAGGAGAGGGACAGGUGAUGACUUCAUGGUUUAUGGUCAGGGAAGUCAGAUAGACAGACAUAGUUUGUUGGAUCCUCUUGCAGAGGCCCAGUACAAGAAUCCUGUUCAGCAGGACAAGAAUAGGAAUGGUGUGGCGGAUGAGUCCUUUAUGAUUCCUCUUAGGUCCAGCUCACAGGAUAAUAUCGGAGCAGAAAGCAGAACUACUAUUGACAUAGAUGUUGAGCUUCCUUCUAGAAUUCAGAAAGCAUCAGAUGAAAAGGCUGGGCAUCAGCUUUUUUACGAACCUGAUGAAUUGGUGCCAGAGCGUGGAUUUGAAGAUGUUUCAUUUGGAUAUGAUCCAGCAAUGGAUUAUGAUAGCCACGUGCAGAUUGCUGUAAAAGUGGAAGAUGCAAAAACAGAGGAUGUCGUGCCAGUUACUGAGGGUGAUGUACAGAAGGUAGAGAAAGAGAAGCCAAGGAAUGCAAAGGAUGGUUCAGAUAAACGAAGGAAAGAUGCCUUAUUGAGGAGGCUAUCAGCGCCAAGGACCCCACUGAAUGAUGCACAAAAACGUGCACAGAACCUGCGUGCAUAUAAAGCAGACCUUCAGAAACUGAAGAAAGAACAGGAAGAAGAGCAAAUAAAGCGAUUGGAGAGGCUUAAAUUGGAGAGGCAAAAGAGGAUCGCCGCAAGAGGUAAUGGAAAGGGUCCAGGGAAUGAUGCUCCUAAAGCGAAUGGUAUGAAUGGACUUAGUAAAUCAGUUCCAAACUUCACUGGGUUGAAAAAGGAGAAAAAUGGAACAACUGAAUCACUCAGCGAUCGACUGAAGAGGCUUUCUGAACCCAAAAGCAUUGCUGGGGCAGAGCAUUCCUUGAAUCCAAAGUCAACUGGCGCAGACCAUUCACGAAGAAGAAGUAUGGCAUGA